CGAUGAAGGCAGUGUCGCUUGGCGCUAUUUCUUCUUUACAGUUUUAUUAUAAUUUAGCGAUCGAUAAAAUCAGAUUUUCAACUAUCGUAGUUUUACAUAAUUUCAGUGUAUUUUAAAUUCGUACUAAUAUAACCCCUAAGUUUACUGUUUCCAUUCAGUGAUUAGAAAUCUUCAGAUUUAACGUAUAAUGGAAUUUGUAGAAGAAAGUAGAAGCUUAAUUAUAUGAAGACUUGCGCAAGUGCAUUCUACUGGCUACAUAAGGAAUUGAAUGGCUAUGUAUUACUACGCAAGCAAACUGAAUGAAGCCUCCUGCAGUGGUUGCCAUAUGAAAGUGCCGCCACCGCCUGCCGAGCCAGCGCCAGAGCCUCCGCAAAGCUCCGAUCACUCACUGUCGGCCACCUCUGCUAUUUUACAUGGAUCUGGACUCUCCUACUAUGACAAUGACGAUUACUACUCCAUGGUAAGAGGAAACAAGUUCAUCACGGAGGCGUCCUGUAAGCACCUUAUCAUGAAUGGAACACUCAACUUUGUUGAUGCUCAGCCCAAGAGUGAUGGCCAGAUACCAACAUUGCUAGGACCAGUUGUGAAGCCGUACCAAGACUGUGUCUCGGACAAACCGGACGUUGAGUACAAGGAUGGCCAGAUUGUGAGUGCUACUAUGGAGACCUUGGUAGACAUGCUGCGGCCUGGUGCGAGCAAAUCGUUCACAUUCACAUUCCUUCUCUGCUCACGACUGUUUAUCAAGCCACAUGAGUUGCUGAACAAGCUCUGCAAAAGAUAUUUCAAAAACUAUGACAAAAUUGGCAAAAAUGAGAUAGUGGAAAAAGAGCUAUCAGAUAUGAAAGCGCUGGUGCGUAUCCUGAACCAGUGGACAAGCACAUUCCCCUAUGACUUCCGUGAUGACAGAGUGAUGGCGCUUGUUCGAAGCAUAACUCAAAGGUGUGCUGCGGAACACAUGGCUUCGGUCCGUGGGGAGGUCUCCGUGAUGCUGGAGAAACUUCUGGAGAAACUGACAGCCCUGGAACAGUAUGAGGAGACGCUGGUGGACACGCCCGCCGUCACUUCUACUGAUCAACUACCACUGGGCGACAUUCUAACACUGGGCCUCACGCCGAUCGAGCUAGCCAAUCAGCUGACGAUCGUGGAGCUCCACCGCCUCUCAUUUGUCGGCCCCGAGGAGUUUGUCCAGACGUUUGCGCCGACGCAGCCGCCGCCGCCGGCCGGAGCUCGGGCCACCAUCAGCCUGCAUCACGUGGAGACCAAGAGCACUCGGAAUCUCGAGGCCUACGCAGAUUGGUUCAACCGGCUCAGCUAUCUGGUUGCUACUGAUAUUUUGAAGUCGGUGAAGACGAAGUACCGCGCGCGUGUGAUGGAGCAGUGGGUGAUGACGGCUCGCGAGUGCUUCAACCUCGGCAACUUCAACUCGCUCAUGGCCAUCAUCAGCGCGCUCAACAUGAACCCCAUCACGAGGCUCAAGAAAACUUGGGGCCGAACCUCAGCCGUAUGCGGUCAGCAGCUCCGCCAACUCGAACUAUGUGUAGAACCGAGCGGCAACCACGCUCGCUACCGGGCAGCGCUGGCGGCGGCGCCCAGCGACAGCGCCGUGCCGCUGCUGGCCGCCACCUGUCGCGACCUGCACUUCGCCAACCAGGGCAGCCCCAACAAGUUGCCAGGCAACCGCGUGAACCUGGAGAAGUGGUCGCUAUUGGCCCGCCACGUGAGCAGCCAGCUAGCGUCGCGCCGAUUGGUCAGCGAGGACGGGCCGGCCGCCCCGCCCCCCGCGCCGCACCCGCCCGUCUGGCGCUUCCUCAACGAUCGGCCCACGCUCACUGAGACAGCUUUGGAGCUGACGUCGUUUGAGCGCGAGCCUCCAGUCGACCACCUCGAGAAGGAGCGGCUCAAGCGACUCCGCGGCGCCACCUAGCCGCCUCGCCUCGCCGGCCUGCUCAGGUGCACCCAGUGAUCUAUAUCCCACCUAACCUUAUUUAUUAUCACUACCUACCUACCUACUUAGUACCAUGCGCAAUCCCCCGGAAUAUAUCAGUAUUUUCUUUAGUAAAGUUUAUAUUUUUUGAAAAAGUAUAUUUAAAUUAUUAUCUGUAUGUACUUGUAUUGUACACGUACUUACUCGGUUAUUGUAAGCCUCUAGUCCAAAAAUUAAGAUUAGUGACGCAAAAUGUUGAACACGGAUGUUUAAAACGUAAGAAUUGACGGUCCUUCGGCCGGUGUCGAGCUCAGCGGCUGAAACGUUUUAGUUUUCAAAGCCCCAAUAUAUUUAAAAAACGUUAGAAGUAUAAAGCAUAAUAGUACUACGUAUUCACCGCCAUUUACAAAAACGUUGGCAUUUUCAUCAAGUCACCAAAUGCCACCAUUCUAAAAUUCAUAAACUAAAAGUAUUUGAAACAUAGUAUUUUAUCAUUAUUUAAAAAAUCAUAUUGUUUAUAUAAGAGGCUAUAAUUUAUUUUUUAUACUGUUUGUUAUCCCUUGUCAUCUCAUUAACUAUAACACCUAAAGAUUCGACACUAUGAGGAAUGCACCUACUGUUAAUACUGUUGAAUCUUCUAUUUUUAAUUUAGUGAGUGUAUUAACAUUGAUUGUACUUAGUUUGAGUACGCGUACAUAUUAUAUCACUACUAGACUAUAUUGAAUGUCUUAUAAUUGUGGAUCAAUCCAAAUAUUGAUGUUUUAAACACUAAAAUUAUGUGAACUUAUAAUUAAUUAGUAUUAACAUAAUUAUAUUUAUGUGGUUCCUUAUUGGCUCAUAGGUUGAAGUAGGUACUUAUAGGAUAUAUUUAUGCUGGGAGAAAAAUAUUUUCUCCCAGUAAAGUCAAAAUAAUUAAUAAAAUUAUGUAGUUAUAUGUUGCUGCAAGCCAUCUUAUGGCUGUAGAACCAAUAACGAUUAACCCAUAAUAGUGUGUAUGAAAUGGAAAAGUAUUUAAAAAUACACUUUAAUGGACCUUAACAUCAUAGAGAGUCAAAUUGAUUCCCAUUUUAUGUGUAUCUAGAUGUGGUUUUUAAAUAAAAUUAACUAUUAACGGAUAUUUAAAGUGUUUCUGUAAUUGUCUAUUUGAGAAUCAGUUUUUCUCUGUAUGGCAAAAGGUGCUCCAAAUUUACUGAUAUUUAAAAAGAUAAAGAAUUUAUGAUCUCAUUUUAUGUAAAUACUUAUACGUGUGUCUGUAACUCUGUUUGUAAUUCAACUUAUAUGUGACUAUCAUUGUGAUCAUCUACAGUGUGGUUUUAAGAGUAAGACGUGCAACUUAUUUAUUUGCUGUGUUACAAAUUUCUUGAUCAUUUAAAACAAGUGUUGAUUCCUAUUUGUAAUUCUAACUUAUAUUAUAAAGUAACUAUUUUAAAUACAUUUUGAUAGAUCUUCUUUGUGGAAAAUGUCUAUGUAAAUAAAACUUAACUAUGACUAUUAUGGCCCUGUGUAAUAAAAUAUAGGUUUCAGUGAUAUUUUGUACUUAAAAAUCUCAGUUUUUACUAUUUGAAUCUCAGUUUCUUGUUUAGUAUUAUUGGUGUAGUAUUAUUAUAGGUUACAUAGUAUUUAUAUUGAGUGCAAGAUGCACCCCAGUGGACGUCGUCGUUAGAUAAUAAUGAGACAAGUGGCUUCAACAAGAGUUCAUCAAAUAGGAUUAAGGAAUAUAGGUUUUUGCGCACUUUUAUGCAAACGUUAUGAUAAUAUGCUGCCAUUUUACACAGUUAAAAACUCGGAAAAUAACUUUAUAUUUAGUAUUAUAUUUUAGCAGUUAGCUUAGUCAUAAGCAAUUUUUUGUGAUUACUAAACCUGCCUGAAUGAUUCUAAGUUAUUUAUUACGUUCAUAAUUAUUUAUGCAAAAUAAGAUAGCAAGUCUAAAUUGGGGGAAAUAAAGAUAUACUAAAAUUCUAAUGUAUAAUUAUGACGGUGAAAAUGGAGACAUAUGAACCACGAUAUCUAUGCAUAAGUAAUGUUAAUUAUUGUCACAUAAAUAUUUUAAUAUGUUGCAUUCAAAUUUAAAAAUUCUGUGUACGGUUCCAAAUGACGUACAUGGGAUAGUGCGCUGCAUGGCUGAACAAAAAUGUGACCGCAAUAUUCAUGCAUAAAGUACUAGUUUAUUUCCAUAAAAUUGUUGAUUUCUACAGGAGCGGUUUUGUAGGUCAUUAGUUAUUUAAGCGCUUAUAUGUAUGCUCUUAAACCAUCCACCAGUUUGUUUUUUAUUUAUUUAAACACUUUAUUGUAUAAACAAAUUACACAGUUUAAAGACGAAGUUACAAGAAAAAACAAUACAAGUAUUAUUUAUAAAGGCGGACUUUUACUUUUAACAAAGUACGUUUGUGUCUUGGCUGCAAAAUAUAAAUAGUAGCAAAAUAUUUUCCAUGAAUGCAUAUUUAUCGUGGUUCGAUUCUAUGGAUUGGAAAUUCCACGUACAAACAUAAAAUCAAGUAAGGAUUAAUAAUAAAAUUAUGAGCAACUAAAAGUAUUAAUAAAAGAUGGUUUCAGCUGAAGACGUGCUAAUGUGCCUAUGCGUGCAAAAAUACCUCAAAAUUGAAAACAAACAGUUCAUGUUGGUUUCUAAUAGUAAUAAUGGAAUAUUUAGGACAUAAUUAUUCACCGAUUCUACAUGAAAUGCAGAUUAUGUUUAACGUAAUGAGAAGUUUUCUGCAGGUCUAGUACGGUUAAGGAUAGCUUAUGCUAUUACGUUUUAUGAUUUAAAAAACCCAUUAAUGUAUCAUAAUAACAUAAAAUCCGGAAAAUGCAUGCAGAUAUUGCACAUGGCAGAAGAAAAUAGUUUUUUUUUGUUUAAAACUAUCAAACUAUAAAACCAGGACUUGGCGUGCUGAUAGAUAUUCAUAGCGCCUUUGAGUGUUAACAUUAUCUUUUUGAAUACAGUAUCGUUAUCAAAAGUAUAAUACUCGUAUUAUGUAUGUUAAGUAUCCUUCUUUUAUAUACUCUGGCAGAAAACUUCUCAUCUUUUUUUAAUGUCGGUAGUUGCUUGGUAUAACAUUGAAACAUUUGUAAAAUCAAUAAAAUUAAUCAGUUAUUUAAGGUGAAAAAGAAAUAUUAUAAUUAUAUAAUUGUUGUAACGUUUAUAUCCUUUAAGAAUAGUAACGGCUAUUGAUUAGGAACAAAACUUAACAUUUAUUAUACUUAAGGUGCACUGAAAGCAUUCGUCUGCAUUCGAACACAAUAUGACCAUUAAUAAUUAUCCUGAAAUAUUUAACGCAAAAACGCACGAAAAAAUCCACUGCUGGAUAUGAGCCUCCUCGAAGACUGGAGGGUUAUUGCCAUAAUCGCUGGAAAGGCGGGUUGGAGAUACGUUCUUUUGAAGAAAGAUAUAAAUAUUAAUUAUUCUGAUGGAUGUGUAAAAUGAGUCCAGUGUACCUAUCGCGAACCUGUUUUGACAAUGAUUUUUGGAUUCAAAUGGCCACUGAUUACUUCGUAAGUGUUACAUAUUUCGCGAUAGGGUCCCUGGUCAUUGUGGCACUGCAAACGAAUGCUAUCGGUGAUGGACACCUUUAAACAACGGGUAAAGAUUUGUACCUUUUUUACACUAAUUUACAUUCCAUGUUUAGAUUUACAUAUCUGUUUUUGGACUAAAUCACAUUUAAAACAUAUUUUUAUUAUUAUUUAUUUUUGGUUCGGAAAUAGUAAGGGCUUAUUUUAUAAAUUUAUAAGUAGAUAAGACAAAAGCUCAAGGUAACUAAAGAGUAUACAUCCAUAUUGCAGCAAGAGAACUGGAUUUAUUAAUUUAAUAGCCAAGUCAAGAGUGCCAAAUGUUACAGAUUUUCAACAUGUUCGGUCGGGCAACUCUUUUAAGUAUACAUAUUUAUUAAAAUAAAGGAAACAAUAAUCAUGAUUCUAAAUAGUAUUAUAGGUAAAUAUUAUGAUAAAUUGGUAUUCUAAAUGUGCAGGUAAUUUUUAAGCUUAUUAAAUAUUGUCAGAGGGAAUAUAAAUAAAUAAUAUAUAUGAAUCAAGAAACUUCUGUAACGAGAACCUAUCAACAAAAGAGUACUUAAUUUCUUUCAGAUCCCAAUUUUUUUGUGUCUCUGUGCUGUUUUAAUACUUAUUAUAGUAUCCUACCGUCAGUCAUCCCAACUUCGAAGUUUAUUCAAAUUGACGAAAGAACUGUUAAUACAAUCAGAACAUGAUUAUAAUUCCUCCAGGAAAUUAAUAUACCCUGUAUUGUAUCAUGUUAUUAUUCUUGCCGUUAUAAUAGUUUAUGCCGUAACAGAAUACCUACCUAGGUUGACUUACAUGUUUUGGGAAACUGCCACUUAGCUUCUGCACAAAAAAAUAGUGUCCACUGUUCUAGUUUUAAUAUUGUACAAUUAUUUAAAGUUUUAAUAUAGGUUUCUUAAAUAACAGUCACUUCUUUAAAUCCUGUAAUCCGUUCAGCGAGGUAGACAGAGUUAUAUUUCAGCCCAACUUUAACCCUUUUACAAGUUACUAAAAUAUUUUUAAGCCUUGAUUUUUCCGUUUUGUUUUGUGCCAUUGCUAGGUGCCAUAGGUCGAUGGCUGUGCCAUCAUUGUAAUAAAACUAAUAAAUGUAAUGUUGUCUUAAUGUCAUUCCUUUGAACUUACUUGAGUAGCUAAGCUAUUUCUAUGUUUAUAAGAUGUAUUUUACUUUACACAACACUUUGUUCGUAUAUGUUACGCACAUCUUGUCUCAUGAAAUCGUGUACUUAUCUAAUGUCAAUAAAUUGUACCGAAAAUUUA